AUUUCGUGGAUGGAGAAGUUUGUGCGUAGAGGAACUGAAAUAACUGCGCCUGUACCGAUGACUCCAUCGAAAACAACUGGUCUUGGAGGGUUUGAUGUUCCUUCAUCAAGAGGUAGUCCUCUAAGAUCUGACGCCAGUGCUUUAAAUGUUGGCGUUCUCCAUCUUGUUCCCACGCUAGAGGUGUUCCCUUUGCUGGCUGACCCCAAAACGUAUGAGCCUAACACGAUUGACUUAUCAGACCAAGGCGAAAGAGAGUACUGGCUCAAAGUGUUGUCUGAGCAUUUGCCAGACCUCGUUGAUACGGCUGUGGCUAGUGAAGGAGGAACUGAAGAUGCGAAAAGGCGUGGUGAUGCUUUUUCUCGUGCUUUUUCUGCUCAUUUGGCAAGAUUGAUGGAAGAGCCAGCUGCAUAUGGAAAGCUGGGGCUAGCAAAUCUCCUGGAACUUAGGGAAGAAUGCUUAAGGGAAUUCCAGUUUGUUGAUGCCUAUAGUAGCAUCAAGCAAAGGGAGAACGAGGCAUCACUUGCCGUUCUACCUGAUUUACUAGAGGAGCUUGAUUCAAUGAACGAGGAGGCGAGGUUGCUAACACUAAUAGAAGGUGUUCUUGCUGCAAACAUAUUCGACUGGGGAUCUCGAGCAUGUGUGGAUCUAUACCGCAAAGGAACCAUUAUUGAAAUAUACAGAAUGAGUCGUAACAAGAUGCAGAGACCUUGGAGGGUAGAUGAUUUUGAUGCUUUCAAAGAAAGGAUGCUUGGAUCUGGAGGAGGUAAGCAGCCUCAUCGACAUAAAAGAGCGUUACUCUUUGUUGAUAACUCAGGAGCAGAUGUCAUUCUUGGGAUGCUUCCACUUGCCAGAGAGUUUCUUCGCCGUGGGACUGAAGUUGUUCUAGUGGCAAACUCUCUUCCUGCUCUUAACGAUGUGACUGCUAUGGAACUUCCUGAUAUAGUUGCUGGAGCUGCUAAGCACUGUGACAUCCUGAGGAGAGCGGCAGAAAUGGGAGGCUUACUUGUGGAUGCGAUGGUAAAUCCAGGAGAUGGGUCAAAGAAGGAUUCAACUUCAGCACCAUUGAUGGUUGUUGAAAAUGGAUGUGGAAGUCCUUGCAUUGACCUCAGACAAGUCAGCUCCGAGCUUGCAGCUGCUGCCAAAGACGCUGAUCUUGUUAUCUUGGAAGGUAUGGGAAGAGCUCUUCACACAAACUUCAACGCUCAAUUCAAAUGCGAGUCUCUCAAGCUAGCAAUGGUUAAGAAUCAGAGAUUGGCUGACAAGCUGAUAAAGGGAAACAUAUAUGACUGUGUCUGCAGAUACGAGCCUCCCUCUCUUUCUGAAAUGUAACCAAAACUGAAAGCCGAACCAAGAACUGAAUCGUCUUGUAAUACAUUUUAAGAACAAGGUUUUGCGACGAUUGAUAAUGCAAUACAAUGCAAUAAUACAACAAACAUACGCAAUACAAAUGUUUUUUCCUUA